UUUUUUUUGAUCGGCAACGAUUCUAACGUUUUCCCUAUGUUCACUUGUAUUAACCGAGAUUUGGCGGGAAAAUUUGAAAAGUUGUUGCACACCACGAUCUCCGAUUCCAUCUAGGGAAAAUUUUCAAAUCAAUUUUCCAUAUCGGUUUCUUUUUUUUUCUUCUUCUUCUUCUUUUUUUUUUUUUUCUAUCAUCGAGAAUAGUCGAGUGCAUCGUUGUGUCGUCCAUUGUGUUUUCACAUGACUUCUCUCAGGCGCAUACAUUAGAUACAUAAUACACACACAUAUACAUGUAUAAUUCUCUUGUCGGUUUCUCUAACGUGGAAAACAAUUGAAAAUGAAAAAGAAAAUAAAUUAAAAUGAAAGAAAGAAAGAAAGAAAGAUAAAAACAAACAAAAAAGUACUAAAGUAUCAAGGAAACAUAAGGCAUCGUUUUUCAUAAUGUUUCUUCUUCUUCUUCUUCUUCCUCUUCUUCCUCUUCUUCUUCUUCUUCUUCUUCUUGGCUUCCAUGUAUUAAGCGUUUCCUUGCAAUUAAGGAAUACCAUAAUCAGGGUCGAAGAAUACGACAACGCAACAGAAAAGCGAGGUUUAUCAAGGGAAGAUGCGGCCUUGCUGCUGGAGUUGAGACCGCCUCGCAGAUUAAGAAAAUUUCAGGGUCCACGUCCAAAAGCGAUAACCAGAAACAACAUUUACUGCCACGGCGAGCUGCUGCACAAAAUACAAAUGGCGUCGAUCUAUCCUGACUCGAAGACGUUCGUUGACAUGAAGAUGAAAAAUUCACCGGAAAAAACGCUGGCGUUGUUUCGUGAAUUUAUGAAUCGUACGGACGAAAUGCCAACCAAAAGUGAAAUAGAACAAUUUGUAAACGAUACUUUCGAUCCUCCAGCAUCGGAAUUCGAGGAAUGGAAUCCAACCGAUUGGAAACCCAAUCCGAAGUUCCUUCAAAAGAUAAAUGAUCCUGAAUAUAGGAAAUUUGGUUCGGAUUUGAACAACAUAUGGAAGAUGUUAGGUAGAAAGAUGAAGGAUGACGUUAAAUUACACGAGGAACAAUAUUCGAUCAUUUACGUACCUAAUCCGGUGAUCGUACCUGGCGGCAGGUUCCGCGAAUUUUAUUACUGGGAUUCUUAUUGGAUCAUCAAAGGUCUAUUGUUAUCGGAAAUGUAUCAAACUGCUAGGGGUAUGCUUAGCAAUUUUGUAACGAUCGUUGAUAAAAUAGGUUUUAUUCCUAAUGGUGGUAGAGUGUAUUACAAGAUGAGAUCACAUCCGCCACUUCUUAUACCGAUGGUCGAAGAAUAUCUACAAGUAACUAACGAUUAUAAUUGGUUAAACGACAAUUUCUGGUUACUCGAAAAGGAAUUUCAUUUUUGGCUAACCAAUCGUACGGUAGAAGUUGAAAAAGAUGGAAUUAAGUAUACACUUGCCAGAUACCACGAAGAAUCAUCUGGACCAAGACCGGAAUCCUACAGGGAGGACGUUCAAACCAGUCAAAGUUUUCGUACUGCCGAAGAAAAGGACAAUUAUUAUGCGGAAUUGAAGACAGCUGCUGAAUCCGGUUGGGAUUUCUCCAGUCGUUGGUUUAUACUUGAUGGAACCAAUAAAGGUAACUUGACCAACCUGAAGACGAGAUAUAUAAUCCCAGUUGAUUUAAAUGCGAUUUUAUAUCGUAACGCAGUAUUGUUAAGUAAAUAUAGUCGAAGGAUGGGCAAUGCUACCAAAGAAGCGUAUUAUUCUACCAUUGCUGAUGAAUGGAAAAAAGCUGUUACCGCUAUUUUAUGGCACGACGAAGUUGGUGCUUGGUUGGACUAUGAUAUAAUGAAUGAACUCAAAAGGGAUUACUUUUAUCCUACCAACAUCUUGCCACUUUGGACGUAUUGUUAUGACUUUACAAAAAGAGAAGAAUACGUAUCUAAAGUAUUGAAGUAUCUUGAAAAGAAUCAGAUAAUGUUGAAUCAAGGUGGAAUACCAACGACUUUGGAACACUCUGGUGAACAAUGGGAUUAUCCUAACGCAUGGCCACCUCUUCAAUAUUUCAUUAUAAUGUCUUUGAACAAUACUCAAGAUCCAUGGGCCCAAAGGUUAGCCUACGAGAUAAGCGAAAGAUGGGUCCGAAGUAAUUACAAAGCUUUCAACGCAACUACUCACAUGUUUGAAAAGUACGAUGCAACUGUUUCUGGUGGUUACGGUGGUGGCGGAGAAUAUGAGGUCCAACUUGGUUUUGGCUGGUCCAAUGGUCUCGCCAUGAUACUACUAGACAAAUAUGGUCAAACAUUGGUAGCUGAAGACAAAUUUACUCCCGAUAAUAUUGUAUACAAUGCUGGCCAACAGCAAGUUGUCGUAUCGACUGCUGGUCAAGUGAUGACAGGUAUCCUUGCCCUCAUCAUAUCACUUGCGGCAGGAUUUAUAGGAAUGGUGAUGUACAAGCGUAGACAGUAUACCGUGCCAGGGCCGUCAACUAUGGGUGCAAGAAGAAAAUAUGGGCCUACCGAAAGCAACGUUUAUCGUAAAAGAAUUGCAUAUACGGAAUUGAAAGAUAUGAAUAAUGAUUGACGAAUCUGAUCGAAUUUGAAGUUCGGUUGGCUUUACUCAUCUAUAAAAAAAAAAAUUAUUAGAAAAAGAAUUAUAUAUAUAUAUAUAUAUAUGUAUAUAUACUUUUAGGUAUAUUACUCAUGAUACACAACCAACAUUUAAACGAGAUUAAAAAUGAAAAAGAAAAAAAAAACAAAAAAAGAAGGAACGCUUUUUAAUGCGAAUGAAGAUUAAAAAUACAGUGAAAGAAGAAGAAGAAGAAGAAGAAGAGAAAUAAAAACAAAUUGUGUAGAAAUAAAUGGUGGUCUCUCAGGGAUGCGAUUUUAAACAAUACUUUUGAAUGUGUUUGAACGAAGAUAGAAAGAUUUUUGAAAGUAAUUUGUGGCGCGUGAAAAGGUGCUUGGGGGUUGGUUACAUUUUAACAAUCGAAAACAACAACAAAAAGGAAACAAACAAACAAACAAAAACAAAACAACAAAAAAUUAUGGAUCACAUUACAGGACGAAGGAAGAAAAAGAGAAACAUAUAAGUAAACAAAAGUUCAGAUGUGAUGGAUCUUCGAUACCGUCCAACGUGUCUUCCCAUUGACUAAUAAUAAUUGAACAAAAAUUCAAUUUUUAUAAAAUGGCCGCUGGCGGUCUUUGAAGACACGUAUAAAAAGGUCUCGGAGUCUUUCAUUCGUCAAUCAUCAUCAUCAUCAUCGUCAUCAUUAUUCAUCAUUAUUAUAAUCAUCAAUCGUCAAAGUCUUUCGGUUCUUAUCCUAUUAUUUAUCAUCCGCCAUUUUUACGGAACAUUUCAAGAUGGAGGCAAAUCAAGAUGGAGAACAAAAUGGAAGAUGUGUCGAAUGAAAAAAAUAUAUAAUUGAAUGAAUGGAAGAGGAAUUUGAAAGGAAAAAAUACAAAUUGAAGAACUAAAAUGGAAGAAAGUUGGUAUGUCGUCUACUUGUAUAUGUAUGUAUGUAUGUAUGUGUGUGUGUGGGUUAUAAGAAAGGAGAGAGAAGUAUGCGAAAUGAAAUACGCGUACUACCUUGUUCCUAAAUAUAAAAGCUUUUCGUUCAAGAUGUCGUCAUUUCCGCAUCUUUCGCAAUACGAAAGAUUUGCGAACAACAAAUAAUAAUACCAAAAGACGAUUGUUGUAAAGUAAGUGUGCGAGUGGAUGCAUACAUAUGUAUAAUAAUAAAACAACUUAUACAGUAUAUUUUUCAUUUUUUCGAGAAAAAGAAAGAAUACGCUAAACAAAAGUCGACAAAAUUUUCGUCAAUGUUGCAACCCUUUGAGUUGCUGAAUACUUUUUUAUUCAAAAUAUUUUAUACAAACGAAAUAAUUUAUUAUUAAUUCAAUUCUAAUAAUUAAAGUUUUUCUUUCUGUAAAUAUAAUUUCAUCAAUUAAUAUAAACAUUAAUAUUAACAAACACGAUAUAUAUGUCGAACAAUCACGCUAAUAAUUUGUAACAAACGCAUAUAUGCGUUCAUAGCACUCAAAGGGUUUAAGGGGUUAAUGUAAAACAAAAUGUUGUUCAACCUUUUGAAUUUUAGAUGAUUUUCAUUAGAAUUAGUAUUUUUUGUUUCUUCUUUGCUUUGACUUUCUCUUGAAACUCAAAAAGUUGCAUGAACUUGCACACACGCGUGCAACAAACGACAUUCUACGAAUUUAUAUUAUUUAUUAUUCACGCAAACGCGUUUCUAUCAUUGAAUUCAAUUUUUUUGUUUGUUUUUCUUUUUGAUAUAAUAUUCUUACAAACGAUGAUGAUGAAUUACGAGAAUCGGAUUGUAAAUAAGGGGAUGAUUUAAAAAGAAGAUACGAAUGAAAAUGAAAUAUUUUCAAUUCUUAAAAGUAUGAUGCAUGAAUGUAUAUGUGUGAGGAGGAGCGUGCAUGUUACACGUGUUGUAUUUACAUGAAAUGGAUAAAAUAUUUAGAUGAAACGCGUUUGUACAUUUAUUGACUUCAUUUCACAUAAUUUAUCGCUCGUCCAUCCCAAGGAACAACAAUCUGGUUUUAAUAUUAUUAUUAUUAUUAUUAUUAUCAUUAAUAUUAUUAUUAUUAUUCUUAUUAUUAUUAUCAUUACUACUACUAUUAUUAUUAUUAUUAUUAUUAUUAUUAUAUUGUUUAGCACAUAUCUCAGCGUGUCAAAUUGUUGCACAAAAUACGAACAACAAUCACAUUUCGCCCAUCAUGGCAGAAGCAGGAUUUACGCUUUAUUUUAUUUGUAUUUUUUUAUUAGACGUGCGAUAUGUAU